CUCCUGCGUAAUUUCGACGUCAAAAUUCCUUCCCUUUCAUUCGAAAAAUCCAGGAGAUGAGCUGAUACGUUUGUGAUCACGAGUUGGAAGAGGCGAAUCGAGGUGGCGUCUCACGAUCGAUUUCGAGCAUCGAAUCGACUUAUCGAAGAAAAUAAAUCCAGCUACGCGGAUAAUCGGUGAGAGGCGGUUCGUGAGACGUAUUAGCAACUUGUUGACAGUGUUGCUCAGUGGUUAUCUAGCCGGAUGGUUCUUAAGGAUGUCGGUGUACGUAACAUACAAAACUCGGUUAUCCAGUCCGCCAUUUGCCGAGUUUCCGUGAUAUGCGUUUACGCGAGUGCCGAUUAUUUUCCAAUUGUCGAUCAGUUUUUUCCCGGUAUUUUUCUUUUUUGUGAAAAACGAUGCGUCGUGCACCUAGUUAACCGAGUAUAACGUCGGUACGGUGAAUGGAAAGUUAACAGAUCACGCGACAGUGAUGCAGUGCCGUAGUGUCAGUGCCAAGUGCCACGUGCCCAUUGCUUGGAUUACUUGAAGAUGCCGUCGUCCGGUGGAUACUAUGACGACAGGAAUCCUCUGCUCAAGGGCACCUUAUCGAGCGUGGACCGGGACCGGCUUCGGGAGCGGGAACGACAGGCCCGCGCGGCGAUGUCGGUCCAGGCCGAACAGGCGGCAGCAGGAGGUGGUCCUGAUACCAGACACCAUCACCAUGGCCACCACAACCACGCUCACCAUCACGCAAAUCCGCACGCCGUCUCCGCUCCGCUCUUCAGCUCUGAAUUGAUCAUCGUGGGUCCAUCUUGGACCCUACCACUACCUGGUCACGAUACGGGAGGAUUCCCUGAUCACUGCUGUCUCGGUGGUUUUACAAGUUUCGUAUGUCUACUGGUUGGUUGCUGUAAAACUGGUGGAUGUUUAAACAAUUUGGGCCCUCAUGCCCAUCGUCUUAAGGGUGAUUUAUCGACCUUUGCUAAGGUUCACCCAAGUGGUGAUCAGGUGAACCCAGACGCCAGAGACAGUACGACGCAGCAAAUUCAAUUGAAACUAGGCAACUAUUCGCUGGUGAAGCAUCUGCUGGACGAGCCGAAACGGCUGAUCGGCAUCGAGGGUGUACCACCGAGCCCAGCCCCGCCCCCGGCGCCCUCGGCCCUUCGAAUGAGUUCCAGUUCGGUCGGCUCGAAUUCCAGGAGCUCGCCCUCCUCCCAAGAAUUCAAGAAACCCGGAGGACCGAGGACCGACGGUUCGUCCUCGUCGUCAUCGGCGUCGUCCACAUCCACGUCGUCGUCAUCGUCGUCGUCGUCGUCGUCGAGUCAUCAACGCGGCGGUUUCGUGAAACCAGCCGACGGCAAGCCGCCCCACGGAGGCAGGGGUGGUUACCCCGGUCAGCCAGUGAAGCACGGGGGCAACAGCAACGAUCAUCGGAGCCACGGUUUAUUACCCGCCAAAGGACCGCCCACGAAUUCACCGGGGAACGGUACGCUCGUUGGCAAUUCGAAUAUCGGGAAUUCCAGCGGCAGCAGGCUUCACUGUGUCGGCAGCAGACUGUCCAGGUUACCUCUCGAUAACGGAACGAGUUCCUCGAGGCCUGGGCCCACUGAGAAUUCCGCGGACGUGGAGAAUAUUUUGAAGGAAAUGACAAUGCCGCCCACGCCUCUGACGGCCAUCGCCCAGACGCCGAGGAAGGAGCUCGAGUCGAAGUUCACGUUCAACCCCGUGCUGGCGAAGUUGACCGAAGUGACGCCGCAGGAAGCCACGAAGCCUCAGCGCGAGAGGCACAGCGUCAACAGGCUAUCGGCAGACUUGGAGCGGGACUUGAGCCUAUCCGAGGACAGCGAGGAUGAGACUAGCAAGGAAACGUCAUCGCGGACGGCGAGGGGAAACAGAAGCCCCGACCUCACGGUCGAUCUGUCGACACCCUUGAUACCAGCGAUGACGCCUGCCCCGCCGCCAUUGGCGCCCAUGUCACCCAUGGGUCUGUCACCGGUGGGUCCGAUGUCGCCCACGAGGCCACUCAGCCCCAGCAGACCGUCGUCACCGCCGAAGCAAUUGACACCUGAGCAAGUACUUUCCCCUCCGCCGGUUAGUCCUUUAGAAUCCAAAGGUUCUCCGAGCCCAACGUUGCACCAAAGGCCACCCAGUCCCUCGGGCCAGGCGCCCCAGAGUUCCGGAAGUGCCAGCUCUAGCGCUAGCUCCGACUCCUGCUCCGACUCCGGCUCCGACAGCAGCGACGAUUCCGAGGACGAAUCCGGCACCCAGCCCACCAAGGGCCCCUCUACCCCUCCCUCCGUGUCACCAAAGAACGAAAAUUUGAUCGAGGAACCGCCGCCCGCGGUCGAGGAAUCGAAACCGAGGUGGAACCUUAGAUCGUUCUUCACCAAAACCACAACGCCGCACGAGGAGCCGAAUUCGGAGAACAAGCAGGCACAGGACUGCAACAGGCGAGAGGGUUCUCCGGUGGCUACGGCGGAUGCCAGAACGCACAGAGACAAGGCAGCACACGACUGGCAGCUCGACGAGGCCCUCAAGAGGACCCACAACGCGACGAUAAUCAGUCUGCUCGACAGCGACAGCGAUCGUCCCUCGGACCAGGAGAAAGCGCAGCCGGUAGAGGAAAACCGUGCACAGCCGGAGAAACCAAAGGUGGCAGACGCCAGGAAACGAGGUCGACCCAGGAAGCCUACCAAGAGUCCGAAGGAUGGUCACCGGACGUCGGACGAAGGUUUGAAGAACGGCAAGCCUCGCAGCAAGCCGAGAGGUGUGGGUAGUCCUAUGAAGAAGAAGGCACCCCUCUCGAAGCCCACUAUAACCACCAGCGACGAUGGAAGCGACGACAGAUCGCAGGGUGCGUCCAGCGACUCUGACAGCGAUCGACCGACCAGGGUGUCACCGGUAAUCCCGCCCGUGAACGAGAAGAGGACCACGUCUAGAUUGAGCGGCUCUUCCAGCGAAGACGAAAGUCCGCCGAAUGGGAAGAACAACAGUGCCUCCGAGGACGAUACCACGCGUUGGAGAAGGAUGCCGAUCAAGAGAAGCAAACUGGCCGACUCGCCGAAGAAGCAGGACAAGAAGAAGAGUCCCGCGAAAGCGAAACCCAGGAGAUCUACCUCGCGGGUGACCAACGUGGUCGGCGGGGGGUCCGAUUCCGACAGCGAGUCCGAGUUGUCGGUGAGGAAUCGUAUCCAGGUCGCCAGAGUACCCCCUAGGCCAAGGGCUCCGCCGACCCGCGCCACUUCUCCGGAGAAUUCGGACAGCGACAACAGUCCAGGUUCGAAGCUGCAGGAGGAGGACGCGGGCAACGUGCAGGACAAGAAGAAGAGCGACACGCUUCGAAAGGUGUUCUCGUCCUCGAUGGGCGGAGGGAAGGGUGGUGGUAAAGGAGGAAAAGGUGGGAAAGGUGGAGGAAAGUGUGGCAUCUACGUGGAAGAGUACACGACCUCUGCCAAUACACCUACCGGAGGGGAGAGUCCGUACAAAAGACCGUCGUCACAGACGUCCAGCGUUAUUCAGUCUUUCCCGCCGCUCACGUACGUGAACGGUGUGCCGAGUUUGUUCUGUAGGAUCGAGGUGAGCAAACUUCCGCAUAUAUCGCAGCUAUCGAGGGGGCAAGAGUUGAGACAGCGCACGGAACUUCCGGACACCAGGCCGUCGUCGAGACAAGCCUCGACGCUGGUAACGCAACCCCCUCGACCGCCUACACCGGAGGAAGGGGAAAUCGUGGACACGCCACCGCCUCAACAGCUAGCCUCGGACACGAGGAUUCACGGCGAGGCAGCGUUGCUGGUCGACGGUGACCUUAAGAAUCGCGCUGUGAUCAAGGGCGAGCCUAUAUCGGACACGAAGAACACUUGCGGCAUCGGUGUUGGCGCUGUUGUCGUCGUCGGUGCAGGUGCUAGUGGAGGUGGUAGUGGUGCUAGUGGUGCGGGUAGCGCGCCCAAGAGGAAACGUAAUCCGAGUUGUAGUUCUGUGUCCAGUUUGAGUACUGUGUGUUCCGCGGAGACGAAGACGAAAGGGUCGGGCGAGCACAAAGAGAGGAAGAAGAGAAAGAGAAAACAUGCCGAUGUCGAAGCUGUUACAUCCAGGCCAUCUUCCAGUCAGCAAAGUGAUAUACAACCAACGAACCACGAACGGGAAGAAAAGCCUGACACCAGUUUGUUGCCGCCACCACCCCCGCCUCAGCGCGUCUAUUAUUCCUACUUCAAUCCUCAGAAUGAAGUUUUGGAGGAUCAGGAUAGGUGGGACCAGAAUCAGUACCUGAUGGAAGCGAAACGGCUGAAGCACAGCGCCGACAAGGAGUGCGAGCUCACGGCGCAGGGUAUGCUUUACCUAGAAGCCGUUCUGUGUUUCCUGCUCACUGGCAAUGCCAUGGAGUCGGAUCCUCUCACGGAGAGGGCGUCGUUCACCAUGUACAAGGAUACUCUCAGUCUCAUCAAAUACAUCUCUUCGAAGUUCAAGAGCCAGCAGAACAACUCGCCGGAGAGCAGUAUACAUAACAAGCUGGCCAUUCUAAGUCUCUUUUGCCAGUCCCUCAUAUACUUGAAGCUGUUCAAGAUGCGCAAACACGAAGUCAAAGAGAACCAAAAAAUCGUUACCGACUACCAUCAAAAGCCUGCUCAGGCAACACCGGUACAACCAGAGGGACAAGGUACGCCAUCUUUGUCACCGACACCAUCACCAGCCGGUUCCGUGGGUUCCGUUGGCAGCCAGAGUUCUGGAUACAGCAGCGGCGAACUGGCGAAUCGAGGAGCUGCUUCGGGUCAACCGCAGGCAGCUCCGUACGUUAGCGUUCCACUUAGUGUUCACAACGCUAUGGCGAAGCAAAAUUAUCAGUUCAGCUUGCUGCUCAGCUGCCACGAUCUCUGGGACCAGGCAAACGCUCUGGUGACGGAUAAGCACAGAGAUUUCUUCAUCGAGCUGGAUGAAAAAUUGGGACCUCUCACGUUGAAAAGCUCUUUGCGCGAUCUGGUGCGCUACGUUCAAGCUGGGAUAAAAAAGCUUCGAGACCUCUGACCACAGUGGCAUAGCCCCAGACCGCCCACCCCUAAUUAUAUUACUUCUCUCCCGCAAAACAUGGCCACGUAUCCAACGAUGUACACGUAAAGAUAUCAAACUAUCUUUGUGAAUUUGCAAAACGUACGAUCGGCAAUCGUGUGGUUUAUAGUAACGUAACGCGCGUUGAGAAAAAACGUCGAAGAACAAAAUGCAAAACAGGGGGAGAAGCCGAGGUAUAUAUUCUCAGCGAAUAAGGACUGUUUCGGUGGGGUGCAAGAAUUCAAGGUGGUCUGGGGAGCAACGAAGAGAGCGUUCUAUUCGAUACGACGUUGUAUCCGAAGGCUCUGAUUAUUACGUUUCUUCGUUCGGGGGUUCAUGAAAAUACGCCCUGGCAUUUUUUACAACUCCUAGCACCAACUUUAUAGUCAAUUCAGAGUUACUCGUCUAACGGUGGAGACAACUAUAGAAAGAGGAUCGUUAUGGAUCCGUGAUCGGUGCGUAGAGCGAACCUCUUGAACUCUGUGCAUAGCACGCGUUACUUAUUUUCGAAACGAGAAUGAAAUGGCAAUGUGAAAUUCCGGGAACAGGAAAAUGGAAAUACAAAGAGAGAGAGAGAGAGAGAGAGAGAGAGAGAGAGAGAGAGAGAGAAAGGAAUAUUGCACGUUCGGAAAGCAAAAAGAAGCGAGGGAAAAAUACUUGGUCCCUAUUUUUUCGGAGUAAUCAUUUUUAUAAAUUAAUAAAUGGAAUCGAAGGAAGAUGUAGAUGAAGAAGGAGAAGAAGAAGAAGAAGAAGAAGAAGGAGAGGAUGAAAUGGACCGUAAGGGGAGAAAACGACGAAGGAAUAAGAAGUGCCACAGAAGCGCCCGUGUGUUCUCGCUUUACGGUGCGCCGCAGCCGACGUUACCUGAAGCAUGAGUUUCGUCUUGGCGAUUCGAGUGCGACGAAUACACAAGGAUAUACAUAUAUGCAUAUAGUUUAUUACCUAUAUAAAUAUAUAAAUAAUUAUAAAUAUAUAGAUAUGAAUAUAUUUAAUGAAAAGAGAACCAACGCGUCAAGCACGCCGACGUUUCGUUUUUAGCAGAAAAGAAACAAACAAAUAUGGCGGUCGCGCGAUUCGUGGGGUUUAGGUGAAAUAGACGGGGAGGAAAGAGGAGGAGAGACAGGGACGGGAGAAUUUAGUGUGAUGUUGCAUUUCUCUUCGGUGGAGAUGCGCUGCGAGCAACAAGAUCAACAGUUGAUCCAAACCGAUACAACACUACUACUAUAAUGUCUAACGUCUGUGAACGAAAGACACGACUCUUUUUUGUAGAUAGGUUACGAAGGAAAAAGUAACUUAGAUUAGAUAAUUAAUACGCAACAAAGAAAACAAAGUUAAACGGUAACAGAAAAAAAAAAAACAAAACAACCAAUACAUAUUAUUUACAUUACUUAGAAUUAAACGGGGAAUAAGUAGAGGUUCUAGUGAUGAGAAAUAAAAAAAAAAAAAA